AGGACAUACAGUGCGAAAAGGAGGAUUGAGGACAUACAGUGCGAGAAGGAUAAGAAGUUGAAUGAUUCGUUUGUUGUCACCAUGCUGGAUGUGAUUUUCCAUGCUGGGGCUGUGCCUUUUGGAUACGUCUGUGAGCGCACGAUGGAAAGCGAACAUUUGGAGGACUGCAUGGCUCAGCGGUUGUUGCCACAGGAGCCGAAGCAGCCAUGCGAUCGAGAGAGAAAUGAAUCAAAACAAAGUACAUAUUGCAUCUCGAGAAGUACCACAACCGCACAAAACUACGGAUCUCUUCGUGGUCUUCAAGGGCCCUUCAGGGAGGAAAACGAGAGAACCAAUAACACAGAAGAUGAAAUGAAGAGCAGAGGAAACGUCGAGAAAUUGGUGGAGGAAAAUAAUCAGCUGUGGCGUGAAGUGGGUCGUGAUCUUCGCCAUAUUGCUGACACGUUCACCGUCAGCAACAGUAAGACCGACCGGAGCAAAGGAAGUCAAUCAGGACCAACGUCUCCUGCGCUAGUAUCUGUGACAGCCACGAGAUGCCUGACUGCAUCUCUCUUGGCCCUAGCCUGUUGGAAAGUCAUCUCCAGUCUGCGCUGAAACUGACACUUGAAAAAAACUCGUGUGUUUGAGUUGAUAUAUACGCUCUCUCAUAUCGAGAGAGAGAGAGAGAGAGAGAGAGAGAGAGAGAGAGAGAGAGAGAGAGAGAGAGAGAGAGAGAGAGAGAGAGAGAGAGAGAGAGAGGACGCUUCCCGUCUUCUGUUAAUGUGAGCGACACCUCGGCGGCAAAAAGAGAAUUUCGUUAUCACUUUUUGAUUGUCAAUGUGCUACCGAAUUUCCACGAACAUUUGAAAUUGGAAUGUUUGAUAGCAGUGCUGAUGUCAUUAGCUAUAAUGUUACCUUAAAACCAAUUUUUUUUCUACGCAUAAGGCAACAUUUAUAUAUAUAAAAAAGACAAUGGUGUGUGUAUUCAGUGAGUCCAACCUGGAUUCACUUUAACGUGAUAUGUACGUAACACAUUUUAUUUUUACCUUCUGCCGUUAAAAGUAAUCGUUGUCUGUAAUGUGCACUCGACAAUUGGAGAAAAUGAAAGGACUGAACAAAACCCAGUGCUAUUUUGAAAUGAACGCAUUUGAUAUAAGCUGUGGUGAUGCUUGCAUGAGUCACUGGUCAUCUCUGAUAAACAUCUACAUAUGUGAACUGAUUAUAGAUGGAAGAAUGCUGUCUCUUGGUUGUUGAUAUUCACACACACACUUAUAUAUACACACAUACAUGUGUCUAUAUAAAGCAUA